AACAUCAUCGGCUUUUGUUUUUUUAUCAACUUAUUUGGGAUUCCGGGAUGAUAUUGUGGAAAGAGUCACUUUUUCAAAGCUCGAAAUAGGGAAUCUUUUAAGAUCCUAAUUCUCUUAGUUCAAAUUGUCUUUAGCGAGCAUUGUUUUGUUUUCAAAGCCUCUCUCUGAUAUCGAGAUAUUCUAAAUGUAAAGUUAGGUUAGUUCGAAGCAACAUGAUCACACACGUACACGUGGGUACUGUUUAGUUCCUAGCGAUCAACAAGAAAUCCUUUCUGUUUAAGCCGGAAUCUUCAAAAUUACCAAUGAUCGUCACCGCCUCCUGAAAUCAGCAAUCUUCCUGCCACUCUGAGGGUCAAAAUGGACAACAAACGCAUUGUGCCAUGGUUCUCCAUGGAUGAGUGGAAAUAUGUACGAGAAUUACUCUACUCAAGUGAAUUGUCAGAUCUCGAAAAAGGGUACCAAAUCCUUCAAGUUUGGAAAGUGAGAUGUCCUAUUCUUCCUGUUGGUGUAGAAUGCACAAUGGAAAUUGUGAAAGUUAUGCUUGAAGACAAGAUAGCAAGUGCUCAAAAUGCGGCUGGUGGCAAAGUUUGCUCUCAAGUCUAUUCCUUAGAACCAAUUUACACCAGUGUAAUAAUGAGGUCCCUCAAUUUCAUCACUGAACUUAAAAGCGCAGAAGUGUCGACAAUGUACAGAGCGGCCAGUGAACUCAACAUUCCGGAUUGGAUUGUCAACAUACGCCAUGAUGCUGCUCAUGGGAGAGCCUUUCCUCCUUUGUAUUUAUUACAAUCUGCAAUUGAAUUCAUAUUCAACUGGCUUCAAGAAAACUACUGGGCAGACGAAGCUGACAUUUCUCAAGGGUACUCAGUUCCAGAAGAAGGUGAAAAAGGCUGGGAGGAAAAGCUGGCCAAUCUAAUUCAACACUACGUUAGUAUCAGUAAACUUUGUCAGUCAGGCGUCUCAACGUUAGACCAACUACAUUCUUCACCAGAAGGAAAAGCUUUGCUCAAGAAGCUAGAUGAGGAUGGCCUGCUCAAAUCUUUUCAACUCGCAGAUACUGAUUUUAUCCUAUUAACUGACGUUCGUCAGAAAUUUUCAAGAAGACUGCAGCGUUUAAUUGAGCAAAAGUCUUCUAAGUCCAAAAACGAUGAAGUUUUAAUUAAUAUCUUUACUGUAGAGGCUACAAAUAUGCUGUCAGGUUCCGAAGAUGGUUCUCUUCCCAGAGAAUGGGUUGAGAUAUGGUGGCAAAUACUGAAGCAUCUCUCAAAAAACACUGUAUACAACUUAGUCUUAGCCUUGAAAGACCUAGCAAAUGCUGAUGAAGGUAGCCGUGGAAAAAUGGCAGCCUAUUGGCUAUCAGAGUUUUUCUCAGUAUUUAAAAAUAGCGCAAAUCCAGUGUCAUCUGAUAUUGAAACUCUGAAUCUAAAUCAGCUUCCGGACAAGAGUAAACUUCAGCUGCUAGUGGAGAAUGUUUGCCUAAAUCCCAGUAAAACAACCGUUCAUUAUCUUCCGAGGCUGCUAGAUUUACGAGAGCCCAAGUUAGACCGUAAGAAGAGAAAAUUGAUAAUUGAACUUCACAAAAUAUACUUGGGGAAAAAAAUCAGCAGUGCUGAGGACAAUGAGGUUGUCAAGUCUUUAGAAAAUCUCUUCAAUGAGCCUCACGAUGCGGUAAUAAACGGAACAGAUGAAGAAAACAGGGAGAUGUUGAUGGAAGAAGAAGAGGAAGUUCCUGCUCUAGAAUCACUGCCUGGUCCAUUUGGGAUAUGGAGUCGUGCUCAAGGUGAUUUUGGAUGGAAUGCUUGUCCUAUCGGAGUCGUACCCUGGCAAAGACAACGCACACUUCCUGACUGGUCAAUGCUCGCUUCGCUGUGAUUUCAAAACAAUGAUUGUUUUUUAUUUCAUUGUCCUCUGCCCCCCCUCCAAAAAAACUUCUUUGCCUGUUUUUUAAUCAUUGUGAGUUUUCAGCCUUGGUCACUCCAACAUUAUUUUCAUUAAUCUCAAAGUCACACAGGUGUUAUGGAGGGAAAAUGACUGAUGGAUGAAAGGAGGCUGUCCUUUGCUGUUAAUAUUUAGCAGGACAUCAAAUCGUCACCCUGGCACAGCGGUACUUGUGAUACUUUGGCCGGAAGGUUACGGAAUAACAACGCACUAGUCGUUUUAUCAUUUCCAGUUUAUAGUGACUGCGAGAUCAUAAGAUUUGGAAAAAAUACCUAUUAAAAGUGUGACCAAGGCUUGUUCAAAGACAAGGCCUGUUAUCAAAUUAUCUGUUUGAAAUAAAUUUUUUUAUUGUUCAGUCA